AUGCACCCAGAUCGCAUUGCCGAGCUGAGGCACGAGACUGUUGACAUGUUCUACCAUGGUUUCGAUCACUACAUGCACAUCGCGUUUCCCGAGGAUGAGUUGCGCCCAGUCUCCUGCACUCCCUUGACUCGGGACCCGCUCAAUCCCAGAAAUGUCGAACUCAACGACGUCCUCGGAAACUAUUCCUUGACCCUCAUAGACAGCUUGUCGACGCUUGCAAUACUAGCUUCUGCGCCGCCCGACGGUAACAAUACGGGACCGAAAGCCCUGGCCGACUUUCAGGAUGGUAUAGCCGCGCUGGUCGGGCUGUACGGAGAUGGGCGGCCCGGUCCGUCAGGGCAGGGUACGCGUGCCCGAGGAUUUGACGUGGACAGCAAGGUGCAGGUCUUUGAGACCGUCAUCCGUGGUGUCGGUGGCCUGCUAAGUGCACAUCUUUUUGCUGUUGGCGAGCUGCCCAUAAGCGGCUACCAUGUGCCGAAACCCAACGAGGACGUCGGGCAGCAACCCAUUAUCUGGUCCAACGGGCUCAAAUAUGACGGGCAGCUACUCCGGCUGGGCUUUGACCUCGCACAACGCCUUCUGCCGGCUUUUUACACGAAAACGGGCAUGCCAUAUCCUCGUGUCAACCUUCGGCAUGGCAUCCCCUUCUAUGUCAACUCUCCACUCCAUGACAAUGUCAGCUUGGAUCCGAACGGAGAUGGGGACUCUGCUGAAAUCACAGAAACGUGUAGCGCAGGUGCCGGGAGCUUGGUGCUCGAAUUCACCGUCCUCAGCCGUCUGACCGGGGACCCGAGGUUCGAACAGGCCGCCAAGAGAGCUUUCUGGUCGGUGUGGGCGAGAAGAAGUAACAUUGGGCUCAUUGGUGCGGGAGUUGAUGCCGAGGCUGGACACUGGAUAGGUGGCUUCGCCGGGAUCGGCGCUGGCUCGGACAGCUUCUUCGAGUAUGCUCUCAAGACGCAUAUUCUUCUUUCGGGGCAUGAGCUCCCGAAUCAAACCAUGCCCAGCCAGAUCCCCUACGGCAGCUGGCUGGAUCCAAACUCUCUAUACGAACCUCUUUCGGACGAGGAGAACUCUCCCGACCAAUUCUUGGACGCCUGGCACAACGCUCAUGCUGCUAUCAAGCGUCACCUUUAUUCUGGUGUACAUCAUCCGCAUUACACUGUGGCGCACGUCAACACUGGCUCGCCGCAGGCAUACUGGAUUGAUAGUUUAGGUGCAUACUAUUCUGGUCUUUUGGCGAUUGCGGGUGAACUCGAUGAAGCCAUCGAGACACACCUACUGUACACCGCCCUAUGGACUCGGUAUUCGGCCCUGCCGGAACGAUGGUCAGUCCGUGACGGCAAUGUCGAAGGCACUCUUGGGUGGUGGCCGGGGCGACCCGAGUUCAUCGAGUCCACGUAUCACAUUUACCGUGCGACCAAAGAUCCGUGGUAUUUAUAUGCCGGCGAAAUGGUGCUGAAAGAUAUCACGAGGCGGUGUUGGACACCGUGCGGCUGGUCCGGCUUGCAAGACGUGCGAACUGGGGUGAAGAAUGAUCGCAUGGAAAGCUUCUUCCUUGGAGAGACGGCGAAGUACAUGUAUCUCCUCUUCGAUCCUGACCACCCACUGAACAAACUGGAUGCCUCGUAUGUCUUCACUACGGAAGGUCACCCGCUCAUCAUCCCCCGUAAGCCAGGACAACGGAAGACGCGCAAGGUCCCUGUUCGGCAGGACGUCCAACCCUACGACGAUGUUAACUUCACUACCACCUGUCCCCUCCCGCCAAAGCUGCCACCGCUAUCUGGGUCUGCUACUGCGGCAAGGCCAGAUCUGUACCACGCGUCAAGCCUGAUCCGCUUACAUCACAUACCCAAUAUCCAUUCUGGCGUGGACCCAGACACAGUUCUGGCCAAUGCGGAUGGCCAGUCAAAACCCGAAGUGAAGUUAAGGUCGAAUCACACACAUUUCCCGUGGACUCUGCCCCUGUCGUUGAUGCCAACUGAUGGGAUGUGUGCAGCACUGCGUCAGCAACACACAUCGACCAUUGAGUUCCCGUCCAACACACAGCAAUCUGUUGGUAGCGCCUUUAAUCUCAUGUUCGGCGGUAACAACAUCAUGCGCAUGGGCAAUGACGGGAUCGCCAUCAACAGCUUGAACGGUCUCAAACUGACCAUGGUAUUGGAAGAGCCUCCAGAUUCCCUUGACAGGGCUUGGAGAAUACAUAGUAUCGGCAACCUGCCGUUGGGUCGAGACGAAAAAGUCUACAUCACCCGCGAUGUCCUCGCGGACAUGAAUGACCCACUAUUUCAUCGCCUCCGGGACGGGGUCCUGGUGGACAUCAUCCUGCAAAUCGAGAUAACACCCGAGAAGGGCGAAGUUAACGCCACGACUUCGGAGAUGGAGCCGCAGCCGGACUCGGUGUCAAGCAUAGGAAUGCAAGAAUCCAACCUUGAGGCCACGGGCCUUUUCAAUUCCUUUCUUCAACACAUCACCUCAGUACUCCGAGAGCCGACUGCCACAUUCGGCCCUGAACCGAUUCCGAAACGGAACUAUCAGUAUGUCGAGAUCCCCGCUAUCACACCGACGGGCCUAGGCGCCGCCCCCCUACCCGACGUCCGCGAGGCCCCCAACCCGAUCUCGGGCAUCCAAAUCGAGUCGCUCACGUGGAAGCGCUUCUACUUCGCCGACGAAUCGUGCUACACAAAGCUACCUGAAGUGGCUGUCAAGGCACACAAUAUCAUCGUGAUGCGACGAGGCGGUUGCUCCUUCUCGGAGAAGCUUUCCACCAUCCCCUCCUUUGCCCCGCACCGCAGCGCGCUCAAGCUCGUCAUUGUUGUUUCAAACGAGAAUGAUGACCCGGAGACUUGGGGGUUUAACGUUAUCCGCCCAUUGCUUGACGAAGUCCAGAAAACCCCAUCAGGCAUUCAACGUCGCCACCCAAUUGCUAUGCUCAUGGUCGGCGGCGGCGACGAGGCGUACGAGGCGCUAAAGAGCACACAGAGUCUGGGGCUGAGAAGGCGGUACCAUGUUGAGAGCCAGGGGUUGACGGUGUCGAAUCUGGUGGUGCUCUAG